GCCUCCUAAGUGUGCCAUCAUGGUGUGUAGAAGCCUACUACUUAGGCACACCGUAGGGUUUAGCUGUGUUGGACCAGUGCAGCUCCUAAAACAUGCACGACACCACUGGUUAAGACUAAAUUGUAAAUCCACAUCUAUGGUUCUAGAAUUUUAUGCAAAUACCAAAAAUGUUUUUUAGUAAAAAGCCAUGUUUUGUGCUUUCUCUUGUCCUUCUGUGUCUACUUCAGCCUUUUGUUCAACCAGACAUUCAGUCCAAUGAUUGUUCACAAAUCGCCACAGCUAAAGAGGUUCCAAUAGUUUACAUGAAGAAAUGAGAAGAAGAAAGAGAAAACAAGACCAAAUGACCAGAGGAGUUGAAAAAAGGAAACAAGUAUGCACUACAGUGUGGCAUGUCUACUGUUUUGAGAAAACAGUGAAAAGGCACAAGAUCUUUGAUGACUAUGAAACGACAGACAACGAAACUGAUGAGGAUUCAAAUGAUUGCGACCCAGACUAUGUGCCAGAUUCAGACAGUGACAUAGAAGAAGGAAACAACAAAAACCCAAUACUACUUACUGUAGAGACAUCAACAGCAAAGUCUGCAAUCUUAAAUGAAAAAAACGAUCAUGUCACUGAACAUUGUCAUCAACAACCUUCAGAGAACUCUUCAGAGACGGACAGCAUGAACUCACUAGCAAAAGGGCAAAAUUUUUGUUUUGUUUGCAAGAAGGCUCAAUUCAAAAUUGCAAGACAUUUUAAAACUCAUGAGAAAGAGGACCCAGAUAUAGCUAAAGCUCUCAGUUUCCCCUCUGGUUCAAAACAGAGAAAGGAUUUGCUGGAACAACUACGAAACAGGGGAAACUUUCUGUACAACAAUGAUGUUUUGAAAAAGGGAAGAGGUUCACUUAAAGUUAAGCGAGCAGCUAAGAGUGAAAAGAAAUAUGAAUAUUGCAUCCACUGCAAGGGAAUGUUCCUCCGAAAAGAGCUGUGGAGACACAUGAGAAGAUGUUCCUGCAAGCCAGAGGAAGAACAACACAGUGGAAAAAAGCGAGUGCUUAGCUUAGCAGCCAUAAUCAAGUCAG